CUAUAUUCUAGUAGCCCGAGAAUAAUAUCGGCUAUCUAUACAAGGUUGAGACAACUAAAGACCUAGACUAUGUUGUAUGGAAGCGCUGAUUCUUCUGUGCUUGAUGUGAUAUCACUGCUGCACCGUCGCAGGCAUAAUCCCGCAGGCAUCCCCAUUCCAGCCCAUGACACGAAUGUCGAGACAGCCAUGGCAACUUUGAGUUCGUGUUACUGUACCACUGAUAACAAGUCUCAAGGGUCCAUCGCCGCCUUCACUAUAGAGACAACGCUCUGCGACACUUGCCGAGGGCCAGUACCAUCAAGAUCGCGAAAGCUUCAAUGGGUGGGGAGAGAGAAUUACUAACAGGGCCCCGAUUAGCGCAAGAAAAAGACAAAAAACAAAAGAGAUAAAGGGUACAUACAACAGAAGGGAUUCGCUGGUGGUCAC